AUGGCCUGGACCCUUCUUCUGCUCCCCUUCCUCAUCUGCACAGGCUCUGUGGCCUCCUAUGAGCUGAGACAGACAUCCACAGUGUCAGUGGCCCUGGGAGAGACAGCCCGGAUCACCCAUGGGGGAAACAACAUUGGAAGGAAAAAUGCUUACUGGUACCAGCAGAAGCCAGACCAGGCCCCUGUGCUGCUCAUCCAUAGAGACAGCAGCCGACCCUCGCGGAUCCCUGACAGAUUCUCAAGCUCCAACUCUGGGAACAUGGCCACCCUGACCAUCAGCGGGGCCCAGGCCGAGGAUGAGGCUGACUAUCACUGUGCUGCUGUGUCACUGUGUGCUGUAUUCGGCGGAGGCACCCACCUGACCAUCGCAGGUGGUCCCACGUCUACACCCUCGGUCUCUCUCUUCCCGCCCUCCUCUGAGGAGCUCAAGGCCAACAAGGCCACAGUGGUGUGUCUCAUCAGUGACUUCUCCCCCAGCGGCUUGGAGGUGAUCUGGAAGGUAAAUGACGCUGUCACCACCGACGGCGUCCAGACCACCAGGUCCUCGAAACAGAGCAACGGCAAGUACGCGGCCAGCAGCUACCUGACGCGGACUUCCGCACAGUGGAAAUCGUACAGCAGCGUCAGCUGCCAGGUCAAGCACCAAGGGAAAACCGUGGAGAAGAAACUGUCCCCCUCAGACUGUCCUUAGGUCCCCGAGUCGCCCACACCCUCAGGGACCUGCUGUCACGGGACCCCUAAGGGGGUCGACCCUUCCCACUCCGACACCUCCUUCUCCCUCCGCCCAAAUCCUUCUCAAUAAAACAUCCUCCUUCUCAAUCAGA